GUGGUCCUGUGAAGGUUGGGAAGCACUUUAGGAUGUAGGUGACGAUUUCAAAGAUGGAUUAUGGGAGCAGCAAUGGAAGAAGACAGUGACCUUAGAAUCCCCGGGCUCUCCUAACUCCCAGAGCUAGAAACAAAACUUAGCCACGACUUGCACCGAGCCACCUACCUACAGGUAGGGGAGACCCAGCUGGAACAGAAAACGUACCACACCUACAUCCAUGGCCCUACCCGAGGGCCCAACAGACGGCAACCUCCCUGAAGGAGACUCCAGUCCAUCCUCAGGCACUGCAGGACCCAGCCAAGACCCAGCCAGCCCGACGACACGCAGACGGGCCCUUCUCCGUGAGCUGGAAGCCCAGGUGCAGGCUGCCUACGGACAGGAUCGAGAGCUGAGACCAGAAGAGAUCGAAGAGCUGCAGGUCGCCUUCCAGGAGUUUGACCGAGACCGGGAUGGCUACAUUGGCUACCGGGAGCUGGGUGCCUGCAUGCGGACACUAGGCUACAUGCCCACGGAGAUGGAGCUCAUUGAGAUAUCACAACAGAUCAGUGGCGGGAAGGUGGAUUUUGAAGAUUUUGUGGAGCUGAUGGGUCCCAAGCUGCUGGCAGAGACAGCAGACAUGAUUGGCGUGAGGGAGCUUCGAGACGCCUUCCGGGAGUUUGACACCAACGGCGAUGGCUGCAUCAGCCUAGGGGAGCUCCGGGCAGCCCUCAAGGCUCUGCUGGGGGAACGCCUCAGCCAACGGGAAGUGGAUGAGAUACUCCAAGACAUUGACCUCAAUGGAGAUGGCCUGGUUGACUUUGAAGAAUUUGUUCGGAUGAUGUCUCGGUGAGCCUGUGUAGAAGCUGGAGUGGACCGGCCUGGAGGAUCCCAGCCUCCGAACUGCAGAGGAUCCUAUAUGUUCUUUAAGGUCAUUGUGUACAGGACUGUGUGCCUCCUCCCCAUCCCUGCCUGGGCACAGUACCCUCUCCUGUCAUUGCCCCAUACCUCGUCCUGGUUCUCUGGCAAUAAAACAUCUCCAAGCUUGU